GCGGCAGUUGUAAACAAACACGAUGGAGGCAAGUCCCAGCCAGGAGCGGCGAGUCAAGACCUUGCGUCGGGAGCUUGAGGGGUGGCGGGAGGUCCUGUGUGCCCUCAACUCAGUUCUCAUAUGGGAGAAGCACUUCUACCCGGCCAUCUCCGUGUCUGCCGUCACCUCAUUCUUCCUGAUCAUCUGGUACAUUGAACCGUCAAUACUCACACUCUUCUCAGUCAUCGGCAUCACCAUAACGCUCUGUGACUACUUGGUGCCACAGGUGGUGCCAUGGGCAGUGGGGGCACACUACUGGACAGGAGCACACGAACGUCGCUACGAGCAGAUCAUCACCUCCAUAGCCUCCCUGUGCUGCCUGGCCUCCUCUGUCUCCCAGACCCUCUCCUCCAUGAAGGAGUCAAAACCCAGGACAUACUUCGUGGUCGUGACGGGUAGCCUCCUCUUCUCAGCGUGGAUUGGGAGCAACAUCAACAACUUGUUUCUCACAUAUCUUAUUGUGUUAUUCCUGGUGCUGCUGCCUGGCUUGAAGCACCAUGGGAUCAUCAAGAAGUACUUCUCCUCCAUCAUCAAAGCUGUGUCCAACUUUGUGAAGACCAACACCCAGUCAGGAGGAGAGGGAGGUAAUGGAGAUUCCAAGAAGAAAGAGUAAGAGGCUGGAAAGGUAUGAAGAAUAAUGCUGCUGUUUGUACAAAUGGAGGGACUUCAUAUGACAGACAGUAUAGGUCCUAUAGAAUAUUCAGUCUGGGUUAUCGUGUGUGUUUGUGUGUGUAUGUGUUCUUUACAUCGGAAAAACAAUGCCAAAAAGUUCAUUUGACUUUUUUUGUGUGUGUGUGCGUAUGUGUCUGAAAAUAAAUCCUCAGAAUAGUAGUUACAACUCUAGCUUUUGGUAUUCAGAUGUACUGAUAUUUAAUUUUGGAUGCAAUCUGGUGUAUGUCUCAUAUUGAGUGGAUGUUGAGGCCAUUAUGAGUGAUGAUGGAUGAAAGUGUGAAUGUUUGUUAGAAUGGAUGUUUAGUCUCUUCUUAGGUUUCUGUUCCUUUGCACACAAGUAGAUGUGAAGAGCCAAAUGUGAAAAAACGUUUGCCAGAAACAUCUGUAUGACCAUUUUGUGACUAAAUGAAAGUUUAUUAAAUACAUAAAUACAUAAUAUUUCAAUAGACACUAAAUUUUAACUUCAUAUCUCUUAGAGAAUAUCUGCUGUCUCUUCAACUGUGCUUAAUGUUUAUAAGAGAUAUUAUUUGAAUGUCACUUUCUGAUAUUACGUAUUGGAUGUACAAGAGAGUGCUUCCUUUACUGUGCUACCCGGGAAGAACACUGCAUUGCUUUGUCUUGCUGCUGCCUAAAAGUGUUCCCCUUGUAGCAGCAGUAUUGGUGUGCUAAUUGUCCUUGCUUCCUGUACGGACACUUGUUUACCGUUUUUUCAUGUUUUCUACUUUACUCUUUAGAUUGUAGCUCUUGACAUAGUGUCAUAUUUUCUAGGCAGCCUCUUAAGUUCAUAUUUAUCUUUGGCAUUCAUUGUCACUAAUGUGGGAACUUAUUAAAAUUCUGGCGUACACAGCAACAAUCAACUAAAUGCUGUCUCUUUGGCUAAGUCAGUAUUUCACUUAUGCCAGCACCAGUCUAAAUAUGCAUAGUCUGGUACAAUAGUCUAUGCUUACAUCAUAAAAUUAAAUUCAUGAUAUUUUAUUUUAGUUUUUUAUAACAGCUAGCGCUCUUGCCAAUCUAGUUUUAUAUCUUCACCGUUCAUAACCUACAUGUAGAUAUUUUACCAGGAAGUAACGCAUGCAAGAAAUAGCUGACUCGCUAAUCUCUAGAGGCAGUGCACUUUACAAAUGUAUUGAGAGGGAAGAGUCAGAUGAGGGCUGAGGACCAGAGUAAUGAUGCAGUUCAGUUUCUAUGCAGCACCUUCCCCUUGAGUUAGUUCUGUCCUGUCAGAUCUGCAUGUGUGGGUGCAAGGAUGAAUGUCAGGGAGCCAGCUGAAUACUUCCUGCCAGUUGUUCAUGUUUCCUGCUUUUGGUGACCUGUGCCAGUUGCUUCUUUUAUGAGGGUUAGAAUGGUAACAGGUAAAAAUUCAUCUUUGACCUUUCAUGGACAAGACUUACUAGGGCAGAAAGUUCAUUUUUAUAUUUAAAAAACAAAUUUGUAUAGUCUGAAUUUAUAUUUGAAAUAUUAUCUUCAGUGUGAACCUUGGUAACUUCUAAAUGUCAAAAAUUAGUUAGAUAAAAGCUCUUUAGGCAUAAUUAUUUAAAAAUAAAAUUGUUUGCUGAAUACAAAUGAAACUGGCAGUGAAUUUCCUCUGGCAGACAAGCAUGUCAUUCAGCUCACAUGUUCCAGAAAUGUAACUUUAACUUGGAAAAAAAAUGUAACUAUUCAUAGUCAUCAAGAUUUUAAAAGAUGAAUGUCUUUUUAACAAUGUGCUACAUGUGUUAUUGAGGCAAACAAACCUUCUCUCCCUCUCUUGCUGUGGCUUCCAUGUCCAGAGGUAUGCAAAAAGGACUUCAUCACAAGAGUGUCUUUAUGAGAUGAUAUUAUGUUGCAUAACUUGGGGUCUUGGAAAUUACCAUUACAGCUGUCAUACCUAUGGCCAAACAUGGCUCUUAGAAAUAAUUGUUUUAGCUUGUAGUCACCACAGAACGGUUUAGGCAUUUAAUUUCGUGGAAUAAGAUAAUAUUGGGGAAUUGUAUAUUCAUCUGUGGAUUUAUUUUUUUCUAGCACAAAGACACCUUUUUUGUGUAACAUGGUCUCUGGUCUCAACUAAAAAUUCUGUUGACUUUGGAUAUCACCACAUCUUCAAGGGCAAGUUUGCUAACACACACACUCAUGUGCUGUACCUUAAGGGACCAUGUCUGUGAAAGCAGGUUCUCUAUCUUUGUGUAGUAAGAUGUCAUGCUCUCUUACUUCAAGCUUUUAGUGUCUGGCUAAAAGUUCAAAUUACAAGGUGUUGCAGGUCUUGUCUUGAUGCCCUGGGUAGGUGUAUAUAAUAUAUAGGGCAUUUCCUCUGUUGGUGCAGUGUUCCUGUCUUUCAUCAAGAUUUAGGUAGAGGCAGUAAAGAGUGAAAAUAUGAGGGCAUCAUGUGCUGAACUUUUUGACAGUAUACUUGAAUUUAAGCUCUAGUGCAUAGCCAUGAAUCACUUCCCAGAUAUAUAUUGCAUCACUUUCAAUGAAGCAAAUGCAUUCACUCCCCAUAAGGCUUUUCCACUUGCUCCUCACUCAGUGCUUAAAGCAAUGACAAGCAGUGAAGUGUUACUGUUGGCUGAGGCGUUGGUUUAUGUGAGGAGGCUUUUUAUACGAUGAAAUGAGUAAAUUAAGAUUCCUCAUAUUCUGUUUCAACUUUGAUUGAGCCAAGCACACUUGCCAAUCUAGUUUUGAGCGUCUUCAUGAUAUGUCGCUUGAUGCACACAUGCAGUUAAUAGCUUGCUAACUAAUAUCAAGAAGCAGUGCACUUCAUGAACGUGUUGUUUCAUGCUUCACCAUAUUCCAAAACUUUUAACCAAUUUAAUGAAGAACAAAAUACCUUGAUUAAUACACAUUUUAUCCUGAAUGAAAUAAAAUGGCAGUUAAUGGCCGAGUAAAGCUGAGGAGGCUGAUUGUAGGUAGAUUGUAGUGCAAUUCAAAGUCACACAGUCAGCAGGUAUUUUACUUAAAGGGAAGAACUUAACUGCUGUAGUACUAUAAAGUUUUAUAUAUUAUUUUAGUAGCUUUGUAAUUUUACAGAAUUGUUACCAAGAUACUAUCCUCUAUCCUUUAAAAAUAACUUAAAUGUCGUAUAUGUACUUGAUGUUAAUAUUAUACUGCAGUAGAGGCUAGAUUUAAAAUAUUUAUUCUUACAAUAUGUAUGUAUGGAAUUUUCACUCAAAGUGUAGAAGAGCUCCAGGGAUGUAGGAUAAGUCUAUGAGGCAUCUAAACACCUGGCUGCUGGCCCGCUGUGAUGAGUCUUCAAGGAGGCAGAGGAUUGAGUGGUAUUUCUGUGUGGCAGUGUAGCUUGCUCAUUAUUUCUGCUUCAACUUCUUUCUCCAGAGUAUUGUAUUUAACUGUCUUUUCUUGAGGGAAAGUGUGUGUGUGUGUGUCUGUGUGUGUAUGCAUUCAUGCGUGUGUAUGUGCAUGCAUGUGUGCAUUCAGCAGAUUGUUUAAUAUAAUACUUUAAUAUGCUGUGAUGUAAAUGCGCUUUAAUAAGCUGCCUUUUCUUAUGAAUAUGAUUGGGUCACAUUUAUGUAUUUUGUAUUGAAUUCUUACUUCUUGCUAAAGUGUCAACACUUCACUUCUGUUUGGGACACUGAGAAGGUAUAUUUGUGGCAUGAGAUGAGUGAGGCAGAACUCAUCCUCUCACUUCUAAAAACCUGUUUUAAUGUCUCACUGUCAAUAUUUUGUCCUGCUUGCUUAUGUGCCUUAAUUAAUUUAUAAAUGGGAGCUUUAUUUUGAGCUGCCUUGAAUGUAUUUGUUCUUUAUUUAUUCAUCAGUUGUGAUGGCAGGUGAAAGGCUGAAUGCAUAUAGAAGAUGUUAAAUUAUGUCUUAAAAGCAGAUUUUAAAAAGUCUUCAAGGUAAUCAGUUUUGCAGGAGACAUAUUGCUCCUCUUUCAAAGGGUCUUCAAGUCCCAAGUGUUUGUUGUGUGUCAUCCUUCAUUUUCUUUGUGGAGCUGCUCGCCCAACUGACUGAAUGAAUGGUGUGUACAUUUUUGAGGUUCUGUGAGUGGGCAACUUCACUGUUAUUUCAUAUAUGCAUGUGAGAGGUGUAAGCGCAUCUCAGGAAGUAAAUGCAAACAAAGAACGAAAACAGCUGUGAUUUGGAAGAGACAGGCUGACCAAACAUUUUGUGUUUUGUCAUAUUUGUGGGCUCUAACACUUUUUUAUGGCUGCAUUUAUUUGUCACCUUCAUGUUUGUAAAAGAAGGUAAAGAGAUAUGCAUUGCUGCAGUUUGUCAUAAGCUUUGGUGGGGUGAUCAUGUCUCCUUACUUCACCUCAAAAUUAGCUCAUUCAUUGUAAAACAUUGGUCUAUUUCAAAGAGAGAAUGAGGGUGUUCAACAAUUCAGUCUCAAUUCUCCCAGUCAUUACUGUUUUGGCUCACAGAAGUGAAAAAUGUAGUCUUCAAGAAGCUACAUUCAUUUAACACACAUGAAAAAUGAAGGUAUAUUUUUACAUUCACUUGUACUGUAAAUUAAUAUAGGUAUUUUUCAAAUUAAAUUAUUUUGUUAUUGGUGCCAAUACAUAGGUUUACUGUCAAAACAAAUUGAUAGUAUCAAAAUGACUUUUAGUCAUUUUGCAAGAAUAUGAACAUAAUAAUUACCUGACAGCAUCUGUAGGAUGCCCUGCGAGUCUGAUAUAAACCAAUAAUGAAUUUAGAAUGUACACCUUCACACCUCUGCUGCAAAAUACUGUACCAAACACAAAACUGUUUGGAUGGAAUUGUUGAACACUAAUUAGAGACAUGCUGAUUGUAUUUUUUCAUAUAGUAUAGCAUGUGUCUAGCUAUAAAUAUGUUCAUUAUAAAUAAAAAAGAUAUCAAGUAUGGAGAUAUUAUGUCAGACUUUCAACAGUCACUUAGCAGCCAUCAGAUAGAGAGCAUUUUUAAGCCAUCCCUUUCCUAUAGUUUAAAGUCUUUUCAUAUGACUAGCAUUAUAUUUGCUACCUUGAGAGUCAAGUCAGGUAGGUGGAAGACUACCAGCUACUGCCACGGUAGAUAUUCAGUCACAAAACUAACAAUAUGGUAAGGAAGAAUAUCCAAGUAUUUUAGUUGCAAAGAGGUGUUUAAAAUUCCCUCUUGCAAAAGUUAAUUAGAAUGAAGCACAUGGCAGCAGCUUCCCUCCUGCUUGGUAAAUAUUUUGUACAUUAUAUAUUGUUUUUAUUCAUCAUUCAACUUGUACAAGAGAAAACGUGCUGUCACCCAUUCCAAUAACUAUAUAGUUUGACUGUGAGAACUGAGAAUUUUGUCAAUGAAUUGCAUAUGAGUGGUAUAUUACUUCUUUUUGUGAUGAGCUUUGACUAGGCAGCCGCUAGUAUAUUUACUAUAGUGUUUGUUUGUAUGAUGUACAUGUUAUCAUUGUAUGCUUUGUCUUUGAUGUCAUAGUAAAAUUAUUGUGUAUCUAAGUACGUAUAAGUGGGAUAGAGAGAGGAUGGAGGAUAAGAUGUUUGAGGAGGAAAAAAUUGAUGCCAGAUGAAAUAAGUAAUACCUCACAGAGAGCACUAGAUUUGCACUUAUAACAUUCAUUUCAUCAUCCCCAUCAAAUACCAAAGCUACAGGUUUUAUAUACCAAAAAGUCCACACAUUCUGCACCCCACACACACCAGCAUCCCUUUUGCAACCCUCCUCCACCCUCUCCAGUCUGUGCUUUUGGCUGUGCAGACGCAAACGUGUUCCAAUAUUUUGCUAGUCAAGCAUCCACAGGGAGCUCUGUAGGUAGAUGUCCAUAGGUUUACUUUCGUCUGUGGGACCGUGGUAGCUUAGUGGUUGAGGAUCAGUUAGAGCCGAGGGUGUGUCUCUGUAGACAAAUCCCAAAAUACUUUCUGUGGAGUUGUUUGUGCUCUAAGUCAAACCUUAACAGAGCUUAUAUGAUGAAUAGGUAGCCGUCUUCAGUGCUACUUUCCAGUCUGGGGAGAAGUCUAGUAAACAAAUGCCCUCCUCCCAUGAGAUAGGGAAAAACUGUUAAAGUAAAUAACUAGAAAAUAUGUAAAAAGUUCAUCAAUUUCUAUUUUGACAUUGUCUUAUACCUCAGUUCAAUUUUCCUGGUUAGAGUCAUUCAUGGUGUAAGUACUAAUUGGAAAGGUGUGUAAUAAUUAACAAACACCCUAUGCCCCAAACAAUAUAUAAAUGUACCCUUUUUUAUAAUGGGGGGGUCAUAAAAUUAUAUCAUAGCUACAUAUGCACAGUGGAUGUAUUUUAUUGUAUUUUCUGUACACCCCACGAGCUCUUUGUGUAUUCCCAGUGCAUUGUGUGUAUGUAUUCAUAAUAACAGUGUUGAAACAAAUAAAUGCAUGCACCUUAAAGAUAA